AUGCUGCGUUUUGCAUCGAUUGGGAUAUUUUUGGUUACUGUGGCUAUUGCAUCAGUGCCCUACUGCCCUGAUGGAACUAUCGCCUACAAAGGUAACUGCCUCCAUUUCAUGACCGCCAAGAAUACCUUCAACAUGACUCAAAUGACUUGCGCCUCCCUCCAUCCAAACGCCACCCUUUUUGGCUUCGAAAACAAAGACGAGCUGAGUGCUCUCAAAAUGUGGAUGCCUCUCCAAGUUCCGAUCUGGGGAGUGAAAGGACCGAAAGCUCCAAAAUGCCCAGCCCUCUACAACAGCCAAAAGCGCACCGACUUCCCGAAUCUGACCUGCGCCAAGCAGUAUCAAUUCAUUUGCACCCAUCCGGCCCCUCAAUGUAACCAG